AUGGAGGUUGGGAUUUUGGUGAGCUGUGAAGAUCUCUUCAGCAACAGACAGUGGCCACCUUUUGCCACCUUUGUGGCCCGAAGAACCGAAGCAGGAAAGUUACAGCUGAAGCAGGUGAUUCCACACAUGCAGGCAGAGCAGAUGGAGUACAGCCUCGCAGCCGAGCGCAGGAGGAUGAGACUGAUCCAUGCAGAGAUAAUUAACGAUCUUCUUAGCAGCUGCUCCUGUCAGAUAGUGAGUGAGUGUCUGGAUUACCAGGAAGCGGUGCCUGCGGAGCGGACUCGGGUAGAAAGCGUUGAGCUGGUGCUCCCGCCUCAUGCUAAUCACCAGGUCAGCACAUUUGGUGGACAAAUCAUGGCCUGGAUGGAGAAUGUAGCCAGCAUCUCUGCCAGGUUGCAUAAUUCUCUAUAUGCAUUUUCUUCUAGUCGUUUGUGUAAUGCUCACCCAACUCUGCAGAGCAUAGACAUGUUCCACUUUCGCGGGCCGUCCCACAUUGGAGACAGGCUGGUGUUGAAGUCAGUCGUAAACAAUGCUUUCAAGAAAAGUAUGGAGGUGGGAGUGUGUGCGGAGGCCUAUCAGGGUGGAGAGCCCCUGCGACACAUCAACACCGCCUUCAUGACCUUUGAGGUCUUGGACAAUGACAGGAAGCCAUGCACGUUGCCAAGGAUACGGCCUGAGCCUGUGGAUGGUAAAAGACGCUUUCAGGAAGCCAUAGCCAGAAAGAAAAUCCGCCUUGACAGGAAGUACAUAAUAUCCUGCAAACAAAGUGAAGUUCCUCUCUCGGUUCCCUGGGACCCAAGUAACCAGAUGUACCUCAGUUACAAUAAUGUUUCGGCACUGAAGAUGUUGGCUGCCCGUAACAACUGGGUCUUAACCUCAGAGAAGAAUAAGGUGAGUUUAUACACACUUGAGGAGAACCAGAUGUUGUGCUUUAAGGUGGAGACUCAUGUGGCCAUGGCAGCCGAGUGGGUGUUUCUGUUACUGUCUGAUCUAAGGCGAAGGAAGGCAUGGGACCACCACUACCAAGAGUGUGAAGUGAUAACUGACUCGGAUGAAGAAGACACCAUCUACCGUAUUGUCACCCCCUCUGUGACUAAUCGAGGCAAAGUCAAGGACUUCAUCCUCCUAGCCUCCAGAAGGCGCCCUUGUGAUUCUGGAGACCCUUAUUUGAUUGCCUUGCGUUCUGUGACCCUGCCUGCGUACCCUCCCACUGAAGACUACAACAGAGGAGAGGUGCUCUGUGCUGGGUUCAGUAUCUGGGAAGAGGAAAACUCUUUCACUAAGAUUUCUUACUACAACCAGGCCACUCCUGGCGUGCUGCCCUAUAUCUCCACUGACAUCGCUGGGCUUUCCUCCAGUUUCUACUGCACCUUCGCCUCAUGUAGCGCUUUCCUGGAGGAGAAUAAAGACAGCCUGGCUUCCCUGCCCACCUCCACCCUAUGAGAAAGCUGAAUUCAACAUUCUAUGUUCUUCAGAAAUUGAUUUAGUUUCUAUAAAAAAUUAUUAGGGUCAAGAUAUAUAGGGUUGACAAAGAUAUUCACAUUUCAGUUUAAUAUAAAAUAUCAUGAAUUUUAGGUACGUAAAACUCUUAUUUUCCAUCUCAGAAAAUUGAGGCACAAAACUGUCACUGGUAGCCAAAGAUACAACA